CCUUCCUCUCCCUCGUCUCCAGCCGGAUCGGCUCCGCCUCCCGCCGCGCGCUCCCCGGCUUCGCAGGGGUCCCUUCCGGGAACUUAACUGCAAACUUCAAGAUGUUUGCCCCACCAGGCAACAAUUCUUUGGCUCUUGCAGCACCAAGGCCAGGGAUGGAGCUGGCUAACAUUCAACAGCAUCCUAAUCAAGCUCUUGGGCCUGGUGGCAAGCAACGUACUUCCAGUCUGGAGGCCCCGAUAAUGCUACUCACAGGUCAUCAGAGUGCUGUGUACUGCAUGAAGUUUAACCCUGCUGGAACCGUGAUUGCAUCAGGCUCCCAUGACAAGGAUAUCUUCCUGUGGUAUGUCCAUGGUGACUGUAAGAACUACAUGGUACUGAGAGGACACAAGAAUGCUGUUCUUGACCUUCAAUGGACUACUGAUGGGACUCAGAUCAUCUCUGCAAGCCCUGACAAGACUGUGAGAGUGUGGGACGUUGAGACUGGCAAGCAAGUGAAAAAGAUGGCUGAGCACUCGUCGUUUGUAAACUCAUGUUGCCCAGCUCGAAAAUGGCCACCUCUGGUUGUGAGUGGAUCGGAUGACGGCACAGCAAAGCUAUGGGAUUUGCGUCAAAGAGGUGCUAUACAAACACUUCCAGACAAGUACCAGAUUACAGCCGUCAGCUUCUCGGAGGCAGCAGAUAAGGUUUUCACUGGUGGCCUGGACAAUGAUGUCAAAUGGUGGGAUCUCCGCAAGAAUGAAGUAACAGAGUAUCUCAAAGGACAUCAGGACAUGAUAACCGGAAUGCAACUUAGUCCUGAUGGAUCUUACCUCCUAACCAAUGCGAUGGACAAUGAGCUCAAAAUCUGGGACUUGCGCCCUUACGCCCCAGAGAACCGGAACAUCAAGACCCUCACAGGGCAUCAGCAUAACUUUGAGAAGAACCUGUUGAAGUGUAGCUGGUCCCCUGAUAAUCGCAAGGUCACCGCGGGGAGUGCUGAUCGCAUGGUCUACAUCUGGGACACAACAUCAAGGCGAAUCUUGUACAAGCUUCCUGGCCACAACGGUUCUGUCAACGAGACCGCAUUCCACCCCACCGAGCCUAUCAUCGGAUCUUGCGGCAGUGACAAGCAGAUUUAUCUUGGGGAGCUGUAGACUACUACCAUCACCUUUUUCAACCAGAAGCUACUGUACUAUCUUAUUAUGAAGGCAAACUGAAACCAUCGUUGCCAUGUUUCUCCGUCUGAAAAAUUAUAAUGCACGAUUGGCUGACCAGAAUUUCUCCUUUUGUAGAUUGUAUUAAGGCCAGUGGACUUACAUUUUACAAACCAUGUUCUGUGCCUUCAAUUCAUGUAAUCCUACCUGUGACUAUUCUGCC